UAAUGUUCAUUUUGUGAAGACUACACACUUUCCAAUUGUUAUUCCUUAAGAACUUUAAUAUAACCGAAGACAAUCCAUUAAAUGGAAAAACUGCGCAGGCAAUUUAAAACAUUGGCUCCAUGCUAAAGACUACUCCCUAGUAAACAAAUGUUAACAAUUUGUAAACACUCCGGGAACGAGGGGAUCUGCUUGGGGUACACAGACAAUUCUUCCAUUUUCUUCCAUAGCUCCGAGAGGUUGAAAACAACUUGAAGAAUGGAAGUUGAGUGGGUGAAGAAAUGUUCAUUCUUGCUCAUAUUCCUACAAUUGUACAGUCUGUCAAUCCACCGCACGGCCUCUGACAUUUGCUCGACUCAUAUCAUCUUGCCGGGACCUAAAGGUGAUCAGGGUGAAAAGGGUGACAUUGGUGAACCUGGAAGAUCAGGAAAACUGGGACCUCCUGGGUCAAAAGGACUGAUUGGCGAGCCAGGACAGAAAGGAGGAAUUGGACAAAGAGGUAAAAUUGGUCCAGUCGGUGCAAAGGGUGACAAAGGAAAUAGAGGUUACCCAGGACCUCCAGGAAACAAAGGCCAACCAGGCCACUCCUGUGAUUGUGGAAGAUACCGGAAAAUUGUAGGCCAAAUGGAUAUCAACAUAGCUCGACUGAACAACACAAUGCGCUUUGUGAAAAAUGUGAUCGCAGAUGUCAAAGAAACCGAGGAGAAAUUCUACCUGAUUGUGAAGGAAGUGAAGAACUACAAUUCUGCGCUUGUGCACUGCAAGGACAGGGGAGGUUCACUGGCAAUGCCAAAAGAUGAAGAAACAAACUCCUUGCUUGCGGCCUACGUGAAUAAAACUGGCUUAUCUCGGGUGUUUAUUGGUGUGAAUGAUCUGGAAAAGGAAAGGCAGUUCAUGUACACUGACUCUACCCCACUACAGAAUUACAGUCACUGGAGACCAGGUGAACCCAACAAUGCGUUUGGCGGUGAAGACUGUGUAGAAAUGGUAAGUGAUGGGGGUUGGAACGAUGUUGAGUGUCACCUCUCAAUAUACUUUGUCUGUGAAUUUUUAAAGAAGACUUCAUAAUCUAAUCUACAUGUUUUCUAUAUAAUAAUAAGAAAUUAUUAAGAAAUUCUCCCUGUAUAUUCAUAUAUUUGGUAUGUAGUGAGUUUCAUAAUUAAUAACAUAUUAAUUGUAUAUCCUACCCACCUACUCCCUGUUAAGCCACUGGUGUUUAGGCCAGCAAGGAAGGACCUCCAUCUCUGGUGGUGUUCAUUGUGUCAGUAGCUCGAUUUUCACUACUGUCAGUCAUGCAGGUCCCAGGUGGAGACUCAGGAAUACCAUCGCACUCAGAUGUAGAAAGAUUCUUCAUUGCUGUUUCUAUAACAAUUUUGUUUGACCAGUCAGGGUUGUUAACCCUGAGCUGAACCUCUGAACCUGGAGGGCCAGUAGACCACUCUUAGUCUGGCAUCUGCCACUUGCUCUGUCUGGCAUGGGCGACCCCACCAAGAGCCAAAUGAUAAAGCCCUGACUCCAGCAAAUAUAACUCUCCGAGUUACUCAGCCUCCAAGGCAUGACAAGGUUGUGGUCUUCCUGGAGGACCAAUUUUAUGCCAACUCCUAAAUUUAUUUGCACAGAUCCUCAAUUUAAAAGUCAAAUACCAUAGAAAACAGUGUUGAUAAAAAUAUAUUCUGAUCUAAAACGUUCAUGCUUCAGACAUUUUGUAUUAGGAUGCUUUGCAACUUAAUAAAAAAUAAUCAAAUAUUCAAUUCUCACAAAGAAAAUCAUCUUUAUUUGUCACGUAGAACAUAGAAUAGUACAACACAGUACAGGCCCUUCGGCCCACAAUGUUGGCCCAACCCUCAAACCCUGCCUCCCAUAUAACCCCCCACUUUAAAUUCCUCCAUAUACCUAAACAUCGAAACGUACAGUGAAGUGCAUUGUUUAUGUCAAUAACUAACACAGACUGAGGAUGUACUGGGUGCAACCUGCAAGUGUCACCAUGCUUCCGACACCAACAUAGUGUGCCCUCAGCUCACUAACUCCCGGCUGUGCAUCUUUGGAGUGAGUGGGAGGAAAUUGAGGCACCCAGAGCAAGUCCACAUGGCCAGAAAGAGAACGCACAGUUGCCAUAGAGACAGCAGUAGGAAGUGAUCCCUAAUCUUACAGCUGCCAUUGCGAAGUCUUGCACUAACAGCUAUGCUUCUGUGCUGCCCGCUAGAAAGUCAAAUAUCGGUAGGAAACAGCAAAGAAAAAUGCACGUACUGAUCUGGAAUUUGGUUGUUUUGGACAUUUUG